CUGAAGUGGAUCAUGCAGCUGUGUACAGUGAUUAUAUCAUGUAGAUCAGUGAAUGCGUCUGUGCGCUGUGGCGUGUUUAGUCCUCACAGCAGAGCCACACUGAAGGCUAAACUCGACUUGUUGAUGUUGAGUUGGCGUUUUGGAUGAGGAGCCAAAAGGAAUCGAACCGUUGUAAGAAUUGCACAGUUCGUGUUGAGAUUCGGAUCAAGUGCCAUGACUGUACGGAGAGUGAACGUGGUUAUUCUGGUUCUGCUUGCCAUCGCCUUUUUAAUCGUAUUGCAUCGCAAUCUGCUUAAUCUCAAUGAUUUCCUCAAGCAGGAGAAUCCAGAUACAGUGCCUGGGAUGGUGGUGCCCUUUGAGACUGAUUUCCUAUCUGAUCAUAAGGUCAUGAAGACAGGAGAUGAGAUCCCGGUACUCAUAACUGCUCCUGAAGAAAGAUUGGGUGCUACUAUCACUGCAAUGAACAGCAUCCACCAAAACAGCAAAGCCAAUGUUGUAUUCAACAUCGUGACGCUAAAUGAGUCUGUUGAUCAUCUCAGGACAUGGCUCAGUAAGACUGAUAUAAAACAUAAAGUUAUCGUAUUUGAUCCCAAGAUCCUUGCGGAAAAGAUAUCGAAUGACCCUCAGAGAGCGGAGGCAGUGAAACCGUUGAACUUUGCCAGAUUUUACAUGCCAUUGUUCUUGCCUGAUGCGGAGAAGGCGAUUUACCUGGAUGAUGACGUAAUUGUACAAGGGGAUAUUCGGGACCUUUUUGACACCAACAUUAAGUCUGGACAUGCGGCAGCUUUUUCUGAAGAUUGUGAUUCUGCAUCGUCCAAGAGCCUCAUCCGAGGAGCCGGAAAUCAGAACAGCUAUAUUGGCUUUUUAGACUUUAAAAAAGAGGCAAUCAGAAAGCUUGGAAUGAGAGCGAGCACCUGCUCUUUUAAUCCUGGUGUCAUUGUGGCCAAUUUAACCGAGUGGAAAGUGCAAAAUAUCACCAGUCAACUUGAGUUCUGGAUGGAGCGCAAUGCUAAGGAGGAUCUUUACAGCAAGACUCUGGCAGACAGCAUCACGACCCCACCUAUGCUCAUCGUCUUCUACAAGCAUCAUUCAAGCAUAGAUCCCUUGUGGCACGUCCGACACCUCGGGGCGACCGGAGCAGGAAACCGAUAUUCUCUUUCGUUCGUGAAAGCUGCUAAACUUCUCCAUUGGAACGGACAUUUUAAACCAUGGGGCAGGACCUCUUCUUUCCCCGAGAUUUGGGAAAAGUGGUACAUUCCAGAUCCCACAGGUAAAUUCCACCCAAUCCGGAGACACACUGAGGAGAAAUAGCCUCAGCAUAUGGACUUCAUGAAAACUUGCCAAAAUGUUUUAGAGAUUUGUAUAGUGUUUACAACAAGAAUCCCAUUGUAAGUUCCAAGGUGUUGAUCAAAUCUGGGACAUACAUUAAAACACAAGUCAAGAGGCAUCAUUCAAUAUUAAUACACUACCUCAAUGCCUUACACUAAUACAUUCACUUUUUCUGUCACAUUCACAAUUGUGAUUUUAAAAUGUGUGGUAUCUUAAAUAAUUUUGGGUAAAAUCGUGUAUCAUUACUGCUUAUUUUAUUGUGCAUUUCCAUUUAAUUCCUGAGUAUUUCAGAGAGGCCUUGAGACACAACAUGGUAUUAUUUCACCUUUUGUUAUACAUUCAGUUUUGUUUACAUUUGUGCAUGUAUUUUUUAUGAUGAGCUAACUUCAGCAUACUCUGUGUUGUCCUAGCUGAAGGGAAAUGGUGCCAAUUUGUACAUAAAAGAAAAUGUUGUAACUAUUCAAUAAAGUUCAAUACAAGCUUUUAUACGCAA